AUGGCCUGUACUGUUCCACCUCGGACAUGGGAAGGUGGGUUUGUCCGUCCAGCAGAAACGAACUCAUGGGAAGAUGAAAGUAAAUAUGUCACCGAAAACGGCGAACACGCACACUAUGCACUGCCACUGUAUAGAGAGCUACCAACUUCAACAGUUGGCAAUGAACUCGGCCUGGCGCACUUGAGGACGUGGCCGAGCAUUUAUGAUGGAACUUCCCAGGAAAGGCCGGAAUGUUUCCAUCCCCCCAGCGAGGUGGAUGUACUGAUCUGUGGUGCUGGUCCAUUUGGCCUGCAACUAGGAAUGAUUCUGGCGAGACAGGGUAUUAGUUUCAGGAUCAUAGACAAAGCAAAGUCGCCUUGUCUCUCUGGUCGUGCAGACGCAGUCCACCCGAGGGCCUUGGAGCUCAUUCACGCCUGGGGACUUGCCCACGAAGCCACUGACGAAGGACCGCUCAUCAACUCGACAGCAGUGUACAGCAACGGUAUAAAGCUCUUCCACAGCAACCAUCCAACAAGCGAUUCCCGAUACAAGGGCGCCCAUGUUAUAACACAGGGCCAGCUGGAACGGAUAUACAUCCGCGACCUACUCCGCCAUCAAAUCGUCGUGGAGAGGGAGACUAUCGUUCACGGGUUUGAUGUGCUAGAUGGUGACUCGACAUAUCCGGUGAAAGCAACAUUGAAGACUGCUUCCAGCGGUGCUGCAGAGGCUGUCAGAGCGAAGUAUCUGAUCGGGGCUGAUGGUGCGGCCAGUAGUAUUCGCGAGCAGAUGAAGGUGAACUUUGAUGGGCUGGCGACCGAUAUUUACUGGGCUAUUAUCGACUGUCGCUUUAAGACGGAUUAUCCGCAUAUAUUUGGAAUGAGCAUGCUAACCAGCACACAUGGUGGGAGCAUUAUCAUUCCUCGUGAGGAGGGCCAUACCCGGAUAUACAUCCAAGUGAACGAGGAAACAGCCCGGCGACUCCGCCAGACCCGAGACGCCAGGAAGAAUGCAUCCGCUGUAGGCGAAACUCGCAUCGAUGACCACGGAAUCACACCAGACGAAGCCCUAGAACAACUGCGCAAGAUCAUCGCACCAUGGACCAUCGAAUUCGCCUCUCCGAUCAGCUGGUUCUCAGUAUGGAAAGUCAACGAGCGAGUAGCCCGCCACUUCUCAUCGGCUGAUCUGCGUGUGCAUCUCGGAGGCGAUGCAGCCCACGUCCACAGCGUGAUGGGCGCAUUCGGGUUCAACUCCUCUGUCUACGACGCUGCAAAUCUCGGCUGGAAAUUAGGUCUUUGUCUCAAGAAGCAGGCGAGUGGGGAUGUUCUGCUUCCCACAUACGAUAGCGAGCGGCGCAUGGCUGCAAACCGUGUCAUCCGCUGCUCAGGUGCAUACUUGCGCUUCCUCUGUAAUUCGCAUCUGCCUUUGGCAGCGCUCAGAGGGCUAAAUAAGAACCUUGAAUCGCACGACGAAGCCCUGCCAGUAUUAGAUGGAAGUAUCCGGGCACAGGGCCAGUUCAUGGGCGUAUUCUACAGACGACACUCGAAUUUCCUACUCGGGAUCGAGUGGCCUAUUAUAGAGUCACCUAUUUGUCCUGUCGAUACUCCUGAGCAGCAACGGCCGAUUUCCGUUCGCAAUGGGGCUAGAGCUCCAAAUCCCCGCGUCUGCUUUGACUCAGAAUACACGGCGUACUUGUACGAUACUAUGGCCGGGGUGUCGAAAUUCCAUCUUUUAAUCUUCGGCUCGGACCUGCAGGGCCCAGUGCGCGAGAGACUGGCGAUAUUCUCCAACAAGACAUUUGGACCGGAAGGCCUUUUCGUCCGCUUUGGUGGGAAGGAGCUUUUCAAUGUUAUUCUCGUCACUAAGGCUCUACCCUACCAGGCCAAGACGUUGCUGGGCCCACAGCAUGGCAAAGAGGACGAUCUGAAGGGUCUCCGUGAGCACGCAACUGUGGUGUACGAUGACCGGGUUCCUGAUGACGACGCCCAUUAUUGGUACGGGGUUAAUCAUGCUCGUGGUGUCGUUGUUGCUGUCCGGCCUGACCUGAGCGUCGGUGUCAGCAUUUGGCCGGAGGACGUGGACGGGUUGGAUGGGUAUUUCUCUCAAUUUUUGGUAAAGAAAAAGGUGCCAUCUGUGGAAUGGAGCAAGAACGGCGUUGAGGUGACCAGCGACGAGGUUCAUGGGAUAUCCAACAUGCAGAUGGCUCGUUCGAAGAAGUCUAUUCGAGCGUGGCUGUCUAGUCUGUUGACCUUUUAG